ACAACAUUCUCACUGUAGUCCUUUUAUCGUGAAGAGCUCUAUAGAAAGAAUAGACACGCCCCGCACUAAAAUACAGCUCAUUCCUCCUCAACCGGGUCAAAGUCUGAAGCAACCAACAAAAAGCCUACAGCGGAUCUAAAACUCAGGCGAUCUUACAUCAAAACUUGGAUAAAUCCUUUUUUUUAUUAUUUCAUUCUCGAACUGAUGGAUCUGCUUAGAGGCAGGCUUUUCCUUCUACUGACGGUCCUCACUCUGGUUCCUGUGACAGUACAAGAACAUGGUGGAGUGCUGAGGAGGCAGAAAAGAACUUGGAUCCUUGCUCCCAGAAACCUUGAUGAGGGACAGGACUACACCACCUACGAUUUCGUAGCUAGAAUUCGCUCAGAUAAGGAGACUGACAAAAAGAUAUUUUACUAUUUAUCUGGUCCUGGUGCUGACCAAGAUCCUGUAGGCAGAUUUACUGUUAACCGAGACACUGGCUACAUAAAGGUCCAUUCUAUCCUGGACCGAGAGGAAAUUGCACAGUAUAAUCUUACGGGUUUGGCAAGAUAUAGUGAUGGGACUCUUGCAGAGAAGGAUAUUGCUCUCCUUAUUAAGGUCUUGGACAUUAAUGACUGCCCUCCAGUCAUAAAAGCACAGCAAAUUGCACAAGUCAGCGAGCACAGCAAACUAGGUACUGUUGUCAUGAAAGUGAUAGCUACAGAUGAUGAUGACUCGAACACUGAAAACGCCCAGAUCUUCUACAGCAUAGAUGAGCGCAGUAACAGAGAUGGGAUGUUCAGUAUCAACUCGCAAACAGGAGAGGUCAUGAUUGCAAAGACCUCUCUAGAUAGAGAGACUCAAGACACAUACAAGUUGACCAUCAUUGCUUCUGACUUGAAUGGCAAGGCAGGAGGGAACACAGGAACUGGUGAAAUUGAGAUUAAACUCACAGACAUAAAUGACAAUAUUCCAACUCUGGAAAAAGAAACGUAUGAGGGAAAAAUUGAGGAGAACACGGUUGGGGUUGAAGUUCUAAGGAUACAAGCAGUCGACCUGGAUCUGAUCAAUACAACCAACUGGUUUGCGAUGUAUGAAAUCGUUUCAGGAAACGAAGCUGGUUAUUUUCAAAUCACAACUGAUAAAAAGACCAACGAGGGAGUCAUAACAGUUACUAAGGCUCUGGACUAUGAGGAAAUAAAGACGGUAAAUCUUGGAGUGAAGGUUAAAAAUGAAGCAGAGUACAACUAUGGCAGCAGCAUGAUAAUAACUGGAGCUUCCACAUCAAAGCCAUAUCCCAUCAAAAUAGAUGUCAUCAAUCAGAAAGAGGGGCCAAAGUUCCAGCCCAAUGUGAAAGUUGUAACCAUCUCUGAGGAAAAGAAUUCCAUCUCCCUCAGCAAGGUCAUAGCAACAUAUACUGCUACAGAUAGUGACACUCAGAAGACUGCAACUAAUGUGAGGUAUGCAAAGCUGUUUGACAAAGACAACUGGAUAAGUAUUGAUGAAAAAACAGCCGAAAUCAAGUUAAAUAAAUUUCCUGAUCGAGAGUCGACGUUUUUGGUCAAUGGAACAUACUACGCCAAAAUUCUUUGCAUCACCAAUGAGGUCCCUUCAAAAACUGCCACAGGAACCAUUGCCAUUCAGGUGGAUGACUUUAACGACCACUGUCCAACGCUGACCUCCACGACCCAAACAAUGUGCUUCGGUGAUAAUGUCAUUUACGUCACAGCAGAGGACAAAGAUAUGUUCCCCAACUCAGCACCAUUUGAGUUUAUUGUAAAGCAAGAAGACAGCAAUGAGAAUUGGUUCGUGGAACCUUAUAAUGCAACCACCGUCCUCCUUCGAGACAAAGGAAGCCUGUGGCCAGGGAUCUACAAAGUAUCCCUGGAGAUCAAGGACCAGCAGGGGAAGUCCUGCGAUGAAGUCCAAAUUGUUGACCUAACUGUGUGCGCAUGUAACGAAAACACCAAGACCUGCUUGUCACGCUCCAAAGGCAGUUCAAGCAGUUUUGGAGCUGGGGGUAUCUUGCUCAUGCUGCUCGGACUGUUGCUCCUUCUGUUGAUUCCCCUUCUUCUGCUCGCCUGUCUCUGUGGAGGUGCUGCAAGAGAUUUUAAGGCUAUUCCUUUUGAGGCAAAAGAAAAUCUCAUCUCAUAUCACACUGAGGGACAAGGAGAAGACAAGGAAGUUUCUCAUCUCCAAGUCCCUGUGUCUGUUGAUAAUGAUACAAUAAAUAAGAAGGACAUCGACUUCUAUGCCAGAAAGGGAUACCUUGAUCAUUUGGUCAACUCAGAGGCUGCAUUUGGUGGAAGAGGAGGCGGAACUAUGACAGCAGAGGACAUGCACAUGUACAACAAAUACAACUACAAUUAUUCCACAGGCCAGAAUCUGAAGGAUUUUAUGGGCACAACGUCAAUGGCAGGACAAGACAUGAGCAUGUCUCAGUACAGAUCUACAGUCUUUGAUGGGAUGGCUUUGCCAAGCUAUUAUCUGCAGGCAUACUAUUUCGAUAAAUUAAAUCAAUCUUCACAGCAACAACAGGAGAAAGAUUCUGAGAUGAUCUACAACUAUGAGGGCCAAGAAUCACUGGCAGGUUCUGUAGGUUGCUGCAGCCUUCUUGAAAAUGAGAAUGACCUUGCUUUCCUUGAUGACCUCGGGCCUAAAUUUAAAACUCUGGCUGAAAUCUGCCAGGGAACAACGCUGGAGAGCAGUUAUGUGGAUAUUGGAGUUUCUAAUCUUUCGAAGCAAACAGUAUCUACAGCCAGGCCCUCCACUUCAACCCACACACAUGUCCAUACUCAUACCGAUACAUUUAGAGAUAGAGACCACAUGAAUGUCAGCAACCUCAACGUGUCUAAUGAAGCUUCUGGAUCCUCCGUUAUCAUCGAAGAGGAGAAAGUUACUAAGAGCUCCCAGCGUUCUGCAACUCUUUCCAAUGUCCAGGAGAAAGUUGUCAUCCCUAACCAAACACUACUCAUACAGCAGCCUCCCAUGUACUAUGCAGCUACACCCAUGUAUGUGGUUGAGUCCAAACCCCAAAUGGUGCUUGUGUCAGGAGGAACACAACAGCUGGUUGGUCAGGUGGGUCAAGCUGGGCUCAGUCAAGGGUUAAUACAAGUUGGAGGCAUCCAAGGUUCUCAGGGUAUGAUGGUUGUUGAAGGGCAGGUGGGAAUGAACGGGGCAUCUGGACAGGUAGCACAGGGGCUCUCACAGGGAAUCACUGAAUCCAGUCAAGUGUUGUUUGUUGAGAAUGGGUCUGCAGGUCAGAAGCACAGUACACAUUACAUGCAGAGUUCUGGUCAAGUACCGCAGAGGUUUUCAGAAGUGGGCUUUGAUGUGGGAGGUAAAGAAGUUCAUUUGAAGUCGUUUUCAGCAGGCUCCCGAGGCUCUGCAGGCUCAAAGGAGGACUUCGCAACAACAACCACACCCAGGUUUCAAGGUGGGCAGAGGGUUGUUGUGCAGCGUAAAAAAGUCUCAGUAACUGAGAGGAAUGUCGAGUCAAGCACAUAAAGAAUCCCUUGUUUUGCCUAUGCACUGAGAUCACACAUGUAAUGACAUGUACGUGUGUGCAUAUAUUCUUUUUCUGUGAGAUGCACUACAACAGAAUUAGAUUUCCUGUAUAAUAAAAGACUUUCAACUUUACUUUGAGGUAACUGAUCACACUUCUUUAUCAGUGUUUAUCAGAUUUAUGACCAUAUCACUUCCAUGGAACUUCCAUGGAAGCAUCAGCCAAAUUCCUUGAUGUAUGAUUUUUUUUACUGCUAUGUAAAAGAAAAAAGCUCACAUUUAAAGGGAGAAUUACAUUGGUUUUUGUUUAUCCUGAAAAUAUUCUCCAUUUUAACUGCAAUAUAAAGGUGAUUUAAAUAGUGCUUACAAAAAGCAUCUGUAUCCUAUCCAUAUUCACUAUUUUAACAGUAUUUCUCUAUCACCAUUUUGUAUUUUGCAAGCAUUUGUACACUCUAAGUAAAUGCCAAAUUGUUUUUCCCCCAAGGAGUUGUGAUUUUAUGGAUUUUUAAUCAAUUUAGGUAGUGUAUAUGGUGUUUUUUUCUCAGUUUUUUUUGUAACCACUUAAUUUGCAUUUCUUAGAAUAAUCAAGGGAUAUACUCCAAAUAAUUAAAGGGUUUGUCAGGGGGGGAUUUUUUUAUUGCUGUUUUUGCUUGUUUUUUUAUCUGUUGUGUUUGUGGAAUGUAGCAUUGCAACUAAAUUGGGUUAAAAAAA